UAGGUAGGGACUAACCUAGUCGGUAACAUUUAUCAUUUAUCGGAAAGUUGGUUACAAUACCGAAGCUGGGGAAAAAGUCAAUUUGUCUUAUUGAACUGUCAUCCAUCAAUCACACAUCACACAUCACACAUCACACAUCACGCAUCACACAUCACAGAUCACAGAUCGCACAUCGCACAUCACACAUCACACAUCACAUCAAUGACUCUGAUAUUGUAAACCAUACUGCGGCGAAUGUCUCUAGCUAUCCGACAGGAAGAAACGCAAUGGCUUCGCAAUGCCUUCGGGCUGUGUACAGCACGGUACGACUCUAUGUAUGGCUCUAACGCAACGAAUUUAGGAUACUGAGUAACCGUAGGGGCUGUACUAUUUUCACUCAGUCACACAUUGUAAGAUCGGUACACAAUUCAAGUCGAACAUGGUGUUUGCUUACACCGACCCAAACAAUUUCGUGCAGCUCAGAGAAUCAAGUCAAGCCCGGGUUGUGGAUCCGUGCGCCAUGAACAUUAUGGCAAAGCUACAUAUUAAUAGAUCUUAACUGAGCUUCAUAUUACAUUCACAGCCUUAUGCCAGAUAUCGGCCAUCAAUUAAAUGCUUGAUUGUGAGGUAUUAAGUCUGUUGUUCUUUGACCGGCGGUCUAGCAAAAAUUGGACUUUAAUUCUUAACAGAAUCUUGUCGCAGUCGAGCAAAUAUCAAUAGCUAAUAUAUAACUAC